ACAACGAAUGCUGCUGGCAUCUGCAGCUCUUGACCAGUCACCCACCGCGACCGGGGGCCCCAGAUGCACUGGCGAUGUCAUGUCGAUCCCUUUGGCUCGUUCAACUGGUUUUGAUGGAGAUUUUCAUCGAGCGCCACGGUGCUUGGCGGGUUGUUGCGGGACCAACUGGGCCCCCCAGUGACUAAUUCAAAUGCUUCUUUAUCCUGCUGCGUCUCUUCCCUUCUCCUCUUUUCGCCUCUCGACUUCUGCUUCAUCACCACACCGUCCCAAUGGAUCCGAUAGAGCCGGCAGGCCCGUCUCCGGACCAUCUUGCUGCUCCCCAGCCGCGGUCUCGACGCGCUUCUGCUGCAGCGAAUCCUUCUGCCCAAGAUCGGACGGUAUCCGGGGCCCCGACGGCUCGGCCGCGCGCCUCAUCUGUGCGCUCAAACCACUCCAAUCGCUCCUCUAUUCGCCUUUUUCGCCCGCCUUCAUUUACCAACCUACCUUCGUCUCCCGCACUGCAAAAUACAAGUAAUCUAGGCCUCAGGAACAAUGGGUCGCGUGCGUCCUUUGCGAAUCUCGGUGGGAACCCUCCCCAGGAACCCGAGGGACCCAGUGAUGCUUUCGAAGGCGGCCGUCGCCGCAGUAGCUCCGAGCCCCGUCGAGGACGGUGGUCGGCACCUAAUCCAGCUGAUCUACCGCGCCUCCAGCCUGGACAGCCCAUGCGAACCGUCAUGGAGGAGCCUCAGAGCCCCGGCAGUGCUCGCCCAACCUUGGAACUCGUCCGACCAGCCCCAGUGCCCGAACAACCGAAGGAUGGUGAUCGGAGGAACAUUCUACGAAGGACAAGUGCAGCAGCAUUAAAUAAAUUCUCCCGCAACCGAGCUCAAACUGUCGGCGGCCCUUCCCCUCAGCCAGAGACUAACGCCCGGGAAUAUGAUUCGCACCUUGUGGACGUUUUGGAUGUCAUCGACCCUCAGGUUUCGGCUCUUACUACUCUUACCAAUGUCCAGAACUCGCUGUUUGUUCCAAAUCUAGGUCCUCUUGUGAAUCGCAAUCAGACGUAUACACUUUCACCUCCCUCUGGUUUAGAAGGAGAGGAGUCAACGUCGACAGAAGAAGAUGAAGAGAAGGAAGACAGAAAGGGGCUCGAACCUGGUGCUCCCUUAGAGAGGCCGAUUACUAGCAUUUCCGCUGUGUUGGAUGAGAGAGAGCCUCGCUUUGCCAUACUACCAGAUGGCACCAAUCUUGCAGGCUGGUCAUACCAGGACAUUGAAGAGUUGAAUGACCAUGUGCGACAUAUGCUGCAUUCGCGUCGCUCAAAAUUCAAGCGAUCCAUGAAAGGGUUCGGUAAAUACGUCUCUAAACCUCUUGGAUUUCUGAUCACUUUAUACGCGACUCUCAUUACACUCUUUGGCCUUGCAUGGGUCCUCUUCCUUAUCGGUUGGAUCAACGUUGGCGGACGACAGUCAUAUAUCAUCAAUGUCAUUGACAAUGUACUAGUGGCUCUAUUCGCCAUCAUGGGUGAUGGGCUGGCCCCGUUCCGUGCAGUUGAUACCUACCACAUGAUAUUCAUCGCACAUUACACUUUCACGACCUGGAGGAUUCGCAAAAAGCGCCGGCUCCCAGAUUUGAAAGAUAAGAAUGACUUGCCAUCUCGGGGGGAGGAUCAAGCAGAUGCUGAUAUCGAAGCCGGAGAACUCCCCAAAGAGGAUGAGCAUGAGUUCAGCGUGCUCAAUCGUGUGCAGCAGCUGAAAUUGCAGCACCACCAAACCAAAUUUGCGAAGUCCCAUACCUUUUACAAACCUCACGAAACCAUAACUCACCAUGCCUUCCCGCAACGUUUUCUCAUCGCCAUUGUGGUUAUUUUGGACUGCCAUUCACUUCUUCAGAUCGCCCUCGGCGCUUGUACAUGGGGUAUCAGCUACCAUGUACGGCCAUUCGCUCUCACCACCGUCAUCCUCUGCUGUUCAAUCACGUGUAACAUCACUGGAGGUGUCCUGAUCACGAUCGGGGACCGAAUGACGCGCAAAAAGGACGUGGUCGAACGAAUGUUCCGCCAGCAACUCACCAAAGAGGCAAUGAAGAAGAUGCAAAAGAAGAGAAGAAGGGAAGAAGAGAAAACCAACGCCGAAAAUCCUGGAUCGAUGUCAGAUUCAUCGUCGAAUGCCCUCCAGGUUUAUGAGGGUACAUGAUGAUCGGACUCUACCUUUCUCUCUCGCCCUUACAAUGCCUGACAGUCUUCUCACAAGUUCUACGACCUAAACUUCAUGUUCACGAUUUUCUUUCCAUUUUCAGUAUACUAUACGAUAUAUAAUAUUGGCUCUCAUAUAUACUGAUCUCUGCCAUGUUAAAAGAGCGCUUAUCCUUUAUUUUUGCAACUUGUUUCCUAUAGCAUCUGUCAGCGUAUGAUGCCGUGAUUGAUACCACUAAUGUUCUUACUUCUGUUCCUCAAGAUACUGUAUAUUUAGCACCCCUAAUUAUCAUCCUCAAUCUAUCCAAACCGAAACACGAGUGUUUGGAUCUUGCAUAUAC